GUACACGGGCGGACCAAUCAGACAGCGGCGCUGUGUCCCCCGAAGCUGACGCAGGCGCAGGCGUGUGCGCAUGGCCGGUGUGAUGGUGAGGCGUGUUCACAGACUGCUGACUCUCCUGGAUAUUUACUGUCGAGGAAAUUGUGGACGUAUCUCAACCAACCUUCAGAUUCCAGGGCUUUCCCUCUCCUUCCAUGCACACAAAUCCGUCAUGGCAGACCCCCAAGCCCCUGCAGCACAUCCUAGCCUUUACACAGCGCCCCCUGCAGUUCGAGGGAUGACUGAACUGGACCGGGAAGCUUUCACGCAAACCAUCAACGUCCUGGCCAUUCGUAUCCCCACCAGCGUCAUCGACAAGGUUGUGAAAAGCCUGAAGAAAGUGGCCCUGCAGAGGCCCGGGCUCAAACGGGUUGUAGAUGACCCCCAGAACCAGACGGACAGUGAUGGUAAAGAGCACCGGCUGCUCCUGCUGGACCCUCAGAGUGUGUCCUCACCUGAGAGCUUCAGCCAGGAUGAGGCCAACGCACUCAAAGCCUUCAGUGUAAAGCCUGAGCUCCAGCGAUACGAGCUCAAACUGACGUAUGAUAACCUGAAGAGUGAUGAAGUUCUGCGGGCUGUGCUGCCCGAGGGUCAGGAUGUGACCUCAGGCUUCAGCAGAGUGGGACACAUCGCUCACUUGAACCUACGAGAUCACCAGCUGCCCUUCAGAAACCUUAUCGGUCAGGUGAUCAUCGAUAAGAACCCAGGAAUUACCUGUGUGGUCAACAAAACCAGCACCAUCGACUCCACAUACAGAAACUUCCAGAUGGAGGUUCUGGCAGGAGAGAACAACAUGGUGGCCAAGGUGAGAGAAAACGGCGUGUUAUAUGAGUUUGACUUUGCGCGAGUGUACUGGAACCCUCGGCUCAGUACUGAACAUGAGCGAGUCGUUUCUCUGCUCCGUCGGGGCGACAUAGUGUUUGACAUUUUUGCCGGAGUCGGGCCGUUCUCUGUUCCGGCUGCGCGCCGGGGGUGCACAGUUUUUGCUAACGACCUCAACCCAGAGUCCUACCGCUGGCUUCAGCACAACACCAAGCUCAACAAGGUUCAGGCAAAGGUCACCACUUUCAACCUGGAUGGUCGAGAGUUCAUCAGGGGGCCGGUGAGAGAGCGGCUGCCGGAGCUGAUGAAGGGCUCGGCCGGGAUUCACGUGGUCAUGAACCUUCCGGCUUUAGCACUGGAAUUCCUAGAUGCCUUCAGGGGCCUGCUGGGACCGGAGCCAGAGAGGGAGCCUUCCGGUGAGGUUAACCUGCCACAGGUGCACUGCUACGGCUUCUCGAAGGAGGAUGACCCUCAGAAGGACGUGGUGGAGCGGGCGGAGGCUGCUUUAGGAACUUCCCUGCAGGGACGCUGCACGGUGCAUAUGGUUAGGAACGUAGCGCCCAAUAAAGAGAUGAUGUGUGUGAGCUUCACCAUGCCCACGGAAGUGCUGUACAGCUCGAACAACAAAGAUUUCUCAGAGCCAUCACCAAAAAGACAGAAAUGUGAGGAAGCUGAAUAGAAACUCAUCUGGGUGGACUGCCAUUUUGUUUUUUUCACAUUUUCUUUUAUAAUAAAUCAUUUUUAGAUAUUCCA